AUGGCCAUUGUGGCGAUGGUCAACCACACGGCUCUGGAAAAGGAAAUCAUGAACAUCACCCCCAUAUGCCCUGGCCAAGACAUCGCUCCAGAGGGUAUGACGCUGCCGUGUAUGGUAGUGAUGACUUCACGCUGGGCUCCGCCCAAUGAGAGGAGUAUCUUGUCGGCGAUAGUCUACGCAGGUUCACUCGUGCCAGCGUUUUCCCUCGGAGCUUUGGGGUUUAUUGAGUGUAACUAUACAGCUGGUAUUUCUCUGAUGUCCUUAUGCGUUGCUGCUUUGGGAAUGGGAUGGGUGGGUCUUCUGCCCAACCACAUCGAUCUUUCUCCGAACUUUGGAGGGCACUUGAUAGCCAUCAGUACCACGGUUUCAUCAAUUCCAGGUAUUAUGAUGCCCCUGGUUAUAGGCGAGUUAACGAAAAAACAAAACACGUUGGCCCAAUGGAGCAUUGCAUUUGAUAUUGUGGCUUGUCUACUUCUCAUCAUGUGCAUUGUGUAUACUAUGUACGGUUCUGGAGAAAUUCAGCCGUGGAAUACACCUAAACCCAAAGCACCAAUUCCAGCAUCUUCACAGGAGUUAGGUCUGCAGCAUUUUUGA